UGGCUCGAAGAAACCUGGCUCCAUUUGGUGAAAGCGCUGAGGAUGGAUGAGCUGCAACCAAAUCCUGAUGAUUGCGGCAAAUUUGAGCCGAACCAGUUUAAGCAGGAAAAAUGCAAGCACUGCUCGAGAUCAUGGACAGAGCAUAAAGGCGUGAUCUCGGAGGAGUAUCUUCAAAAGUUCCUGCAGAAGAAACUCCAGGUCCAAGAGGAAAAAGAGAAAAAGGAGGCUGAAGCGCAACAGGCGGCUGCCGCCAAGAAGCUGGCAAAGAAGCGCGCCAGCCAGGCCGCUGAAGACGAUUGGCUCUUUGGCGAGCGGAAGGAGCCAGAGCCCGACUCCGACGAUGAUAUGGGCUUCCGAAUGUUGCUGGGUAGCGAGAUUGCAAAACCCCAGGCAAUGCAGCCUGUGAGCAAGGAGUUGAAGGUGGUCAAUUUGAUUGACUGGGGUGAAUGCGAUGUAGCCGACCAGGAGCUUCCAGGCGGCGAGGCCACGGGGAGCUCCUCAAGCACUCGCGCACCAGCGCUGGAGGCCAGGGCUGAGCUCUACACGCCUGGACGAGGUGAUUUGGGCUUUCAAGACACCGUGAGCCAGUUGUCUUCAACUGGACCUGCGUUUCAGUCUGGCAGCCAGGACUUGCUGACCGAAAUCCAGCACUUGCGUCAGAUGCUCGCGGAUGCAAACGAGGAGAAAGCAAUUCAGGUCGCCAUUAUCCAGGACGAGGUGACUGAAAAGCAAGAGAAGAUUCACGAGCUAGAGGCACUGCUCAGAGAAGCAAGACUGAAGGUCGACUCUGUUGAUGAGAAGGAGCCAAUUGGACAUGCCGACCCAGCAGAGGCUGAAAGACUAAAAGCGCGCUUGUCUGAGCUUGAAGCCAAGCUGGAGGAGGUUCAGCGAGGACAUGAUCCAGCCGAGGCAGAAAGACUGAAAGCUCACUCGUUUGAGCUUGAAGCGAAGCUGGAGGCUGCCGAAGCCCGUUGGGCCGCCGAAGGUGCCGCUGCCGUGGAAGGGUCUCAACGAAUAGAGGAUGCACUUGUAGUAGUCUCUGAAGUCCGGGAGCUCUGCAAUCGCACCUACCAAGUCCUCGAGGACAGUCCAGGUGAGCCUUCGGCAGAAUCUUGCUCAUCGGGCGAUCUGCAGGGCGAGCUGGGUCGCUGCCGCACGUCGGCCCACCUGGCGGUGGGCGCGGCAGAGCGGCUGGCCUCCGAGCGGAGGCAGCUGAUGGCGAAGCUGGAGGAGCUGGAACGUGAGAGAAGGCCGACGCCAGCCACGACGGCCCAGGAAGCUCAAGCUGCGAAGGCCUUGCGAGACAUUCGGCUACAUGCCGAACAGCAGCUCGCGUGGGUCUUGCAGCGUAUGAGUGUCAGUCACAGCCACCAGGCAGAACUCCAAAAGCUCGGCAGUUGACACAGCUCCGCAGUUGACGGCAGCCAAAGUUAGCGCAUGCUGAGAUUGAUUUUCCUCCUAAUGUAGCCUUCAGCUUCAGAGCUCAGGAUCUUGGUCGAUCGAAGAGAUUGAGGUUUUGACUUUGACCGGGCUCUUUUCACGCCCAAUUCAUGCAAGGCGGUGUGGAGGAUUCUGGGCAUGAAGCUGAAGUGAGGCAGAGUAUUUCACCCCAGCGUUUCACUGACAAUUCCGCAAUUCAAUGCUCUG